GAGAAAACCACCAGCCUGACUGCGAAAGUGAUGGCGAACAGCACUCUCUCUCGUUUCUCUCUUGAUGAUUACCCAUUCAAAUCUGUUCAGAUCAUCAUCCCUCUUCUCAUAAGAUGUCGAGACAACUGGUCCCAAGAAGUGGUGGUGGGUCAGCCCCAAGCGCGGAUCCUGCAUUUGUUCAACAAGGCGAGGUUGACUGGGUGUCUUUGUCCAGUGCCGUCGUAUCUGUGACCGUGGGAACUUUGGCAAGACUUUCUGGUGCUGGAGUGCAAGAGAUCACAUACGUAGGCGCUCUACAGCUGGCCACCAGAUUCAAACUGGCGAACAUUGGCAAACGACGAGUUUGCGAAGCCGUGGAAAGGCUGCGGGUUUCCCCAGCGUUCGACAAUGUGGCCUAUUUCGGCUUUGGCUACCGGAGUUUCGUUCGCUUUCUCUCGGACACCGAGGCCGGGAUAAAAUGCAUUGCGCUAUGUGCCAGCCUCUCGGAGGCCCACAGCGAAGAUCUGGCAGCUCGUGUGAUCAGUUCCCUUUGGACGGUCGUUGGGUACCCCGAGGACUAUCAACCCUCUCUUCAGCAGUUCAGGUGUCUCGUGAAGGCGUGUGCUGGGGUAUUCGCUCAGUCAACCUUCCCCAUAACUAUGGGAGUAAUGCUUGGGCCUCACAGAAAUGUCAGAAAGAUCUUGGAGCCUGAGGCAUCCGACCCGGAUGCCAUUGCCAAAGCCUUGCAAGAUCACUGCGCUACCGAAUCACGGUUGUUGGGGGCGCUGAAUGCAGCUUCAUCGCCGCUGUGUCGCCGGCUGUUCGAUUUGAAGACUCACGUCGAGGAUAGCCAUGGCAACACUGUCUUUAUGUCUUCUCCAAGUCCUGAACAGACCCAAGUUCAUAUCAUUUAUAAGGAAGACGAGCAACUUUCAGCGGUUACGGUUUCAGCUUCCACUUUCGUACUAGAAGGUCCCAACGACCUACUCCGUUAUGUGCCCGACCGUCGCUUGCGCCUUAUUCGCACUCGAGUUCCUUGGGAUUCUUGCCUGAAGCACACUUUCGGGCAAGACUUCACAGACCUUGUUAGCUUUCCAGCAGCACUCGGUGAUUUCCUUGGGGGAGCUGCUCGAAUAUUCAAAGCCCUGGCCAGGGGUGAGCUUGAGGUCAAUGUGUUCUCCAGAAAGCUCUUCAUCGAUUACGCGGAUGCUAGUCAUGGACGCGGUUUUGUGGAAAGUAUGGUCAACUUUUUCCCAGAACUGAAUGACACAAGCUUGCUGGACUCCGCCCGCUCUGCACUUUCACGGAGUGUGUCAAGCACGAUAUCACAUAUAGAACAAGCCAUGUUCGUGUUCAUCCGACACUGCACUUGCUUCCGCUGCGACGCAACGGAGAACUCGGACGAAGCCCACAGACAUAGUAAGCGAUUGUGCUUGUUAGCUCUCGCAGCAACUGUUCUGGACCUGAUCGUCACGACCGGCUCGGUGGUGUGUGAACGAGAAAUGCUGCCCACAGAGAAUGGUCUCUAUCACAUAUACGAAAGGAAUCAGGCUCGCUUGGAAUUGAUGGACGGCCCACAAGGAGGAGUAGAAGAUCUUGCCAAACUAUUUCGACUCGACGAGGGGUUUACUGGAUGCGGCGGCAGGACUCCUGCAGGGAUCAUGGCAGAUACCCUUUGCCUCUUCACAGGGCACGAGCCAUCAGUCUCUGGACUGGAGACGUACAGGUCUCGGACCGCCGUGGCAGAGAGCGGAAUCUGUGUGUAUCUGGAUUGUCUUGAGUCGGUGACCACAAGGCCGGAAUUGUUGCGGCGGAUACAUGUAAUACCGGGCCACAUCGGCAGAGGAACCAGAGUCUUUAACUCUGUUUGGGACUGCGCCCAUAGCAAAGCUCCAUUUCUGGAGAGAGUCAAGUUCAGUAAAGUCGCGGAAGGUCUCGAUACUUCGUCGCGAUAUGACUUCCCGGAGCAACUGAAGCUGACCGCACUUGUGGACGAGCCAAGCGGACCUGGCCAACUUGCACUCUACUAUCAAAUCUCAGCACCUCAGGGCCAAGUCUUCAUCCAACCAGGCGAGAUAUCCAGGCAUAUACUCUCCAGAUCUGGACUUAUCGUUUGCUCGAAGUCUGAUUGUGAUGAGCGCUUGCCGUUGGACCCAUACUUCGUUCGGGCUGGCUGGAAUUUCGAUAGCAAGUCACUGAAAGAGUUCGCAGAAUCAGAUCAAAUGACUCCCGGCAACGUCCUCGUCUGGAAGCACAGAAAUUCAGAUAUUGAACGUUUGCUUGCCAUUGAGAUACAACGACAGACUUCAUACAGAUUGCGAGCUCAUGCACAUGUCCUUUUCGCUCGGGGCGAGUGCGUGCCAUGUUCUAUCCGUGCUGCAUCACAGAUCAUGGACGGAUGGCGCACUUCUAAGCAAGGGCUUUGUGCAGCAGGAUAG